GGAGAAUUUAUGUUUAAGUGUGGUGUUACACACGGAGAUCCUUUGGAUUUGCUUAAGCUAAGUUAAAACAAAGCCCAUAAUCUAUAAUUUGAAAAUUUGUAAAACGACCAAAAUUUGCAUUACCUAAUGUAUUACGACUUAAUAAAUAAACCUAGUAGUGGUCUCAGUAAUUUUAUGAGGCAAAUAUUUGCAAAGAAAUAGUUAAUUAAAUCACGUAAUUAUCGUGCCCAACGAGAGAAUUUUUCGCUCAAGGGAUGUAAAAAAAUCGUUGUCUGUAUUUUUUAUUUAUGGCUUCAAACGGCGUCGAUGGAGGGGUGGAAUUAUGUUUGGAGCGGAUAGAGCGCGUCCGUUAGGGGUUGCUUAGCUGCUACGCGCCUGCGCGCGUACUUCGCGCCACUCCGCUACGUCGCUUGUUAGCCAGUAGCCACACUAGCUAGCCAGAUGUUCAGAAAAGCUUUCUGUCGAUACUUUAACGCUCCUACAAUUAUUUAAGUAAAAUGUGCAUUAGGACAAAUUUCAUGUUUUUAUUUCGAAGUCAAUGGUCCAGAUAAUAGUUAAAACAAUGUGUACUUUGUGAACUGUGCGUCUAACUGAAAAUUAUCUGGCGUCUUAAUGUCCACGAGUUCGUUCGAGACUAACAAAGCGGCGGACAUUUUAUUUUGAGUAUUCGAUAAUGUAGCGUUGCGUCGAAAAUAUUCAUGUCGUUAUAUGGUUAUAAUUUAAGAUAUAGUUCGCUUACACCUUUCCGAUGCCGAGGGGGGUGAAGCGAGGGUCGGCGGAGGGUGAGGGCGAGGUGGUGGUACGCGUUGGGGCGUCUCCGUCGCAAACUACGCUUUUGGAUGACAGCCCAGGCCAGCCCAUCAGUUACCAUCUGCUUGAUCACGGCUAUGGCGCCACACCACAACAUCAGAUCAGAAGGGAGGCACCUUCUGCACCACCAAAGACAUCUGAAGUAACUAUAGCAAAAGUGUGUAAAAUGAGAGUUAAAAAUAUUUCGGUGACGCCACCACAUAUCCGCGAUUUCCGCCAAGAGACCAAAGAUGCCGUAAUUUGGGCGGUGAAAAGAAGACUGAAUUUGAGUGAGAGUAGUUCCGGUAGCCAAGGCCAUGUUGUACCUAUGAAGGCAGAUUUCAAGACGCCGAAGCAAAAACGAGUCAAAGUUCUGACACCGUACAGCCGACCGUCCAGUUCUAUGAAAAAGUACAGCGAAAGAUCAAGGUUCGACACAUCAUUAGGAUUACUUACAAAAAAAUUUGUUGCUUUGCUGAAGUCUUCCCCAAACGGCGUCCUCGACUUGAAUAUAGCCGCGGAGCACCUCUCGGUUCAAAAACGCCGCAUAUACGACAUCACUAAUGUUUUAGAGGGUAUAGGAAUUUUAGAGAAGCGAUCAAAAAAUAAUAUUCAAUGGAAGUGUGGGUCGGCGGCAUGCGGCGGCGAGCAGGCGCGCGCGCGGCGGCUUCGGCGCGAGGUGCGCGCGCUGGCGACGCGCGAGGCGCGGGUGUCGCGCGCCGUCGCUAGCGCCGAGCUCGCGCUCGGCCGCCUCUCCGCCGACCACGGUGCACUCGCCUACAUAACCUACGCCGACCUACGAUUUAUUAAGGAUUUUCGCAACCAAACGGUUAUUCCUAUUAAGGCGCCGCCGGACACGAGAUUAAGCGUUCCCCAUCCAGAUGAAAAAGGAUAUAUGAUACAUUUGAAGUCAUUAUCGGGCGAAAUCGAAGUGUAUCUUUGUCCCAAAGAACGACCUUUAUCUCCACUUCCACCGAUGGGGCUGCUGCCGGCGGACCCGCUGCUGGAGGACAACAAGGCGCUUCUGGCGCCGCUCGUGGCGCAGAUGCACCCCGCGCCGCCUGCGCCCUUUGCCGCGAACUUCACGACGCCUAUCAAGCGGGAGCCGGGCGUGGAGAGCGCGGGUGUGUCGCGCGGCCUGGUGGUGUGCUCGCCGUGCGUCACCGACCCCACGCUGCCGCUGGCCGCCGCGGGCCGCGCGCGCGCCCCGCCCGCCGCGCCCGAGGACGCACCGCACGCACCUCAAACCACACCCGACAAUGGUACGGCGCGGGGUCGACUACGUAACGCUUUAAUUGCCGACAGCGACGACUUCGCGCCGAUCAUGGGUGGCGGCCGCUUUCAAAUGCAAACGGAAGACCAAGAUACCGAGUCAGAGCCGCUGGAGCUGGAACCGUUCUUGGCGUUGGAGCCGCCCAUGUCGGCCACCGACUACGGCUUCUGUCUCGACCACGACGAGGGGCUGGCGGAGCUCUUCGACUUCGAUCUCAAGCUGCCCGAGUGACCGUGACCGGCUCAUAACAAACUGUCUUAUCUCACCUAAGCACUUGUACAGUCGAUUAGUGAAAGCAACUGAAUAUUGCUGGUUUGGUUUUUAAUAUUUUUGUCUCGAUAUAGCCUACGAGAGAAUCGACGAAAGCGGCUUCGCCUUACGGUCGAGCUUGUUUUACGCUGAGCACUUCCGAUGGGGCGCUACUUAGUACUACAAUUGGAUUUCAGAAUUGGACAUAAAUUGAUUUUAUAUUAAGUAACAUAAAAAUAUGAUUGAAUGAAUUGUAAUAUUUUCGUUAAAAUGGUUAUUAGGCAUUAGUAUUGAUUGAUUUGUGUUUUUGUUUGUAGUAAAGUAUACCGUUACUCGCACAGACGUGUCGAGCUAUUACGCCUUUUGUUUCUGGAGAUAAAUGUGCCGUCAACUCUAUUUGAUUGCACUUUUUGUAAGGCGACGUUUAUCUGUUGUAAAUUUGUUAAGUGUCUCCUUCACUAAAAUAUAACUGUAAUUCGGGAAACAGGCCCAAGUGAGUACUUUGCGAGGGAAACCAGAAAGUAUUCUUCAAUAUAACGUUAUUUUAUUCAAUUACUCUUAUAUCAGAUAUGGUAACGCGUUUCGUUCUGAAUGUUCUGAUCAUGUACAGGAUUUUGUCGUUAAAAGUUAAUAGCAAAAUUCUGUGUCUAUAGUUAUAGGAAAUGAAAGAUGAGUAUAGUUAUAUCUACUUAUGUUAAUUUAAUCUAUGAUGUAUAUUUUAUUAUGUACCCCACAUUUUGAAUUCUAUGUCGAGCGCCUGUUAGUUCAUUGGGCACAUUUCAUGAUUUUGUCAAUUUCAUGAUAAAUAACGAUUAAUAACGUCA